AUGUGGGGCGAUGCACAGAAUGAAUUAUCUAAAUUGGUUGAAUUUCAUUUAUUCUCCGUGUCACAUAUUCAACAUAUUCAAUCAUUUGACAUUCAACAACUAUUUAAAGAAUGGUACAACAUGAUAAAUCCUCAUUUAGAGGAUUGCUUUCCAUCAAACUAUUCAUGUGUAGAGGACGAUUCCAUCUCACUUCAUCCAAACUCUUCUGAUAUGAAUCUUUCUUCAUUAAGUGAACAGUAUGAUUAUACGACAUGCAUCUGUCUUCACCGACCGUAUAAGAAUCCAAAUGUAACUUGGUCUUUGGAAACGGCUAUUGCCUAUACUUCUCAAGAAUUCUUAGACAAACAACAUAAGUUAAAUUCUGGUGAUGUGGGUAUAGAUUCCUUAUUCAGUUCCCAUAUUUCUCAAAAGGUACCAACUUGUAAAUAUGGUGCCGAAGAAAUAAUGCAACCAGCUGGCGAUGAUCAACUGAUCCAAUAUGCCGCGCGUGACUGCCUUUCAGCUACUAAAAUCGCUAUUGCCGUUCGACAAAGAUGGUCUAGAGCUUUACUCGAAAAAUAUUCGUCUACAAAAUCUAUUCGUACCAAUUACAGUGAUGCUCACGAAAAUAAAUAUUGCUCUAUACAACAAUCUUCAUCUAAUAAAAUUAUUUUGUCACAACAGAUAAAGAAUAACAAUGAUUAUACUUACAUAAUCGAGGAUUACGAGCCUAUUUCCGAUGAUGAUAUCAAUAAUAUAAUAAAUCCUGUUGUUGUUCCAAUUUAUAAUAUUAUGAAUCAUGAACCUGGAACUAAAAUAAGUCACAUAUUAAAUAUUGAACACGGAAAAAAACGCUCACGUGAAGCGAUUCGAAGACGUUGUCGAAAAAUAAAUACAAUAAUACAUGCACAUAGACAUGAUUUUGACGUCAUUCGUACUAUAUAUCGGUGUUUUACAAUUCGAGAAAUUGAAAACAUAUUGAAUCACCUUGAUAUAAGACAUCGCCAUUAUCACAUCCGCCGCCAUUAUCAAUCGCAUAUUGGUCUACGUUCUUACGAAGAUAAAUUAAAAUACGAACAUAUGCUUAAUCGAGAGUAUUUCACCAAUGAACAUUACAUUCGGGAACUGAAUUAUGCAUCAUCACAUUUACAUUACAUUCCCGACAAUAUCCGAAGAAAAUAA